AUGAAAACACUACUUCAUUCACUUAUCUCAAUAUUAAUACUACUGCUCCAAUGCAUACUAGCCAAUGAAGUAGAACAAUUUCAAUUCAAUUAUUUUUCGCAGGACGAAAUUAAUUUACAACAACAGAAUUUAACUAAAGAUAUAAAACAUUUUAAUCAAAUUAAAAGGAAAACUAAUUCUGAAGGAUUACAAGAAUUUACUCCUAUAAUUGAUACAAUAUUACAAUCAGAAAUUAAAUAUUAUUCAUUUAGUGUAAAUACAUCUUCAGGUUUAGGUGAAUUUUAUGAACUUUUAAUUUUUUUAUCAGGUAAUAUAUGUACUCAACCAGAUAAUAUACCAUUUAAUCAAACUAGUCUUGCUGUAUAUUAUAGUUUUAAUUCUACAAUGUUUACUAAUAAUGAAGUUGGACAAAUGAAAUUAUUUCAAUAUGGUUAUUUCCAAGCAUUAGCUGAUUUACCAAUAAGUGCUACAUCAACUACUUCAUCUAUUCCAACUCCUGGAGUUAUUCCAAAUCCUGCAGAUGAUGAAAAAAUUUUAUAUAUUGCUGUUAGAGCUCCUCAAAAUAUAAAUAUAACAGCAAGUUGGACAUAUCAAAUUGGUGUAUCACAAAAUGAUUUAGUUUUUCAAUGGGAUGAUAGAAGUUUUGGAUCAAUAGUUGAUGCAGAUGAUAAUUCUGCAUUAAUUGUUACAAAUAAUUUAACUGCUUAUGCAGAUGAUUGGGAAAAAUUUAAUGCUUCUGAUUCAAGAUAUUUUUUAUAUAUAUAUUCAUAUGAAAAUAAAGAUUAUUUUGAAAAAAUGAAUAAUUCUUGGUGUGCUGUUAGAUCAGGUCCUGCAAUAAGAGGUCCUCAUAAUAUAGAAAGUUCUUUUACUACAAGAAAUGGUGGAAUUCAACAACAAUUUAUGGUUAAAGAUUUAAAUGAAUCAACUAAAUAUAUUGCUUAUGUAGUUGCAGAUUUUGGAGGUACAAAUUUUGGUGGAGCAUUAUAUCAUCCUUUUGAAUUUGAAACUAUGUCUGGAUCAUCUUGUGAAUUAAUUUAUGAUUUAGAAUUUUGUGAUAGAGUUGCUUAUAGUGUUCCUGCUUUAGGAGAUCCCCAAUAUAAUGAUGAUAAAAAUGCAACAAAACAUAUUUAUGAUGAUCAUGCUAAAUUACUUUAUGAAAAUUUUAGUAAAGCUAUUCAACAAAUUGCUUGUGAUACUGUUCCAGAAGCUAUAUAUUCAAAUUUAAGAACUUGUGAAGAUUGUGCAGAAAGUUAUAAAGAUUGGCUUUGUGCUGUUUCAAUACCAAGAUGUGUAACUCAAAAUUCAUCUUCAUAUAUGCCUAGAAAUUCAACAAGUCAAAGAAAUUCAUUUAUGAUAGAUGUUAUUUCUCCUCAAGAAGAUUAUUAUGAAAUUUUACCUUGUGUUAAUGUUUGUCAAGCAAUUGUAAGAAAUUGUCCUGCAGAUUUUGGAUUUAUGUGUCCAACAAGAAAUGAAAGUAUUGCAUUAAGUUAUUAUUGGGAUUUAAAUACUAGUGAUCAAUGGCCAAGUUGUAAUUAUGUUGGUAAAAUGGCUAAACCAAGUAGUUGGGCUUAUAAAUUAGUAGCAAAUAAUUGGCUUUUAUUAAUAGUUGUUAUAUUUAUACAAAUUUUAUAG